CGUCUCUUGUUGUCGGUCGGGGUUGAAUAACAAGCUUUUAGCAGAAUUAAAUGAAUUAAGUAACUUGACUUCCAAUGGAUGCUUUGAACAAGACUUCAGACCCAUGCAGGUCUAGGUGCACUCACGAAAGAAGAGCUUGAAGAUGCUUUAGACACACACCAGAUGUCGGCGGAAGAGAGGGCACAGCGACUCGAUCAGUGGGCCCAAGCAAGGGCAGAAAAACUUCGUGGCGAACAUGCAACGUAUUUGUUGCUGCGAAAGGGCAUCCUUGUAUGUUUAACUCUCUUGUACAUUGCUUGCUCUGUACUACUUCCUUAUUUGCACAGGGGUGAGGCGAGCUGCUCUCAUGGCUUUUUCUGGGAAACUCACAUGCAGUUCCUUGGCAUUUUUCUGCUCACCAAAUGUGCUGAGCUUGUUCUCAUGGUGCACGAUGACACUGUUUCAUGGGAGCAGAUUCGAGUAGUGGACUUUCUUCUAAAGUUUUUGCCCUCAUUUCUUGGAUAUUUGGAUGGCUACACCGACGCCACAGCCGUCUUUAUUGCGGCAUCUUGCAAUGACACCUUGGCGCAGAGACUGGCUGAUGCUAUGGGCAUAGCAUAUUUGGUUGGGGUUUGUUUCUUCCAGUGGGUUGUGAUGUUCAUCCUCUCUGCCAAUGAUCCUUCACAUGCAUGCCUUUUGAAGCUUCUCCACAUGGAUUUGCUGGCUUCAUGCGUGACACUGCCAGCCGGGCAACGAUGGGUGUGGGAUUUGCUGGCGGCCGUCCGUACCAUCGGGGAAGACAUGCCUCAAGCCAUUCUGCAAACCAUCUACCUGGUCAAGGUGCAGCGGAACUUCUUCAUGUUGCUCUCUGUGAUCAUGGCGGUUUGUGCCUCUUUGAAGGCCAUGCAUGACGCUCGUGCAAGAGCUUUGGCUGCUGCUGGUGCGGAUGAGGAGUACAACAGACGGGAGCGUGACUUCAUGAUCUAUAGUGGCUCCCAGGAUGCAACAAUCAAAUGUUGGAACGUCAAAGACGGCGUGUGCAUGAAAAGCAUCUAUGCAGGCAGCCCUGCCAAUACUGUAGCGGCCUCCAACGGCAUGCUUUACACUUCCCAUGAUAAUGAUGUCAUCCGUGAAUGGUCCUUGGAGACUGGCGAGGAGGUGCGCACUUUUUACCAUGAAGGCGGCAAUGCAGUUGUUCUCAGCACAACAAAAUACUUGUUUUCUUGGGCUAUGGGCCCGCGAUGUGUCUACAAAAUGUGGUCACUCGAGUCAGGGGAAUGCUUGCAAGAGUUCCCAGCGCCAGACAUGUUCAAGGCCACACUUGCUGUUAGAGGAGAGUUUCUCUUCGCAACAUCUGCAGAGGAUGACUCAGCAGUGUCGCAGUGGAACUUGACUUCAGGCGAACUCAUGAACACAUUUGGUGGUCACACGGAUGAAAUCAAUGCACUUGUUGCGACACCCAAGAGGCUGUUGACGGGUUCGCAAGAUGGCACCGCCAAAGAAUGGUCUUUAGUGACCAACAAGUGCACUAGAAGCUUUGCAGAUCACUCGUCACACUUUGUUGCCCCGCUGAUUGUCGUGGCUGACAAGCUCUACAAUGCAUCUGAUGAGCAGCCCGAUAUCAACGAGUGGUCCCUACUCACAGGGCAACUCUUAAGGCGAUUUGCCGGCCACACACGGCCAGUGUUGAGCAUUGUCAUGCUGGAACAGAAGCUCUACAGCUCCGCCGAAGACCGCACCAUCAAGGAGUGGUCCUUGAUCACUGGCGCCUGUGAACAAACUUUCGAAGGCCAUACAGAUUACAUCAGCAAAAUCAUCAUUAUGUGCAAGGAUGACUAGAGUGAUCAGAUGAUUAGCCAAUUCACAGCGUGGAAAUGACAAGCCAUGCUUUGAACCCGGAACUCAAACUUUUUUGUUCGGCGUAACCUCAUUCACAGCAAAGCUGCGAGUGAGGAGAUGUGGCUGGUGCAGCUCGUUACACAUAUGAGUUGCAUCAUCACGCAUUUGAUCGCACUGCUCGAGAAACA